UGAGCCUCAUGCUCAGUGAUGCACCAAAACCGCAGUGCAGGAGGGAAUUGGCUCGAAGCUCGGACCGUCCGCAGCUUUUCUCCAGUCGUUUAACGUCGUUGAAACUCACCUGCGGAAAACUUUGCGUUUUGUGGAACUCUUUGAGGCUCUCCUCCUUGUCUUUCCACACCUGGCACAGCCAUUGUCUGUAGCCAACUUCGUCGAGAGGUAGCGAGUCGAUCGGGUGUCUGCAAAAUGAAUAUAAAUCAGAGUGACAUUUACAUUCGUCUGGGGGAUUUAAUGGUGCCCACAGAAUUGGACAAAGCCCCAAGACUUGUCAAUGUAAGCUAUGACAUUCAACAUCCCUAUUGGCUGGACACACUGGAAUUGCCAGAGGUGUCAGCUCAGUACGAUGAACUUCAUUCCAACUACGACCUUUGGCGCCGAUUCUCUGACGUUGCCUCAGAUGAAGAGCACGAAGAGCUGGACUUGCCAUUGGGCACCAAUAAGCGGCGCAAGUUGCACAAGUACCGCCAGGUCUUAAAGGAAAAAAGCAAGCGUAGCCUUCGCGCAGUGCCAAAGCACAUCAGAGACUACAGUAACCGCAAAAGGCUCAGUGAGUUUGAGAGGGAGGAGGAGCACAGAAAGAGGUUCAAGCAGAUGCACAGGGUCCCCACCGUUCCCACCUUCGGAGAGAGCAACGAGCUCGUCUAUGAUUCUGACGACUCAACCAAAAUUGUCAACGCCACUCAGCAGACAGACUCGGCUGAGUCUGAGAUGGAGAUUUCUGACCACUCUGAUGCUGAUAACGAGGUAUCCAAUGAUGAAGAUGACGAAGGGAUAGACGACGAGGAAGAUGAUGAUGGAGCAGAGUAGUUAGGAAGCGCGGCACUUCCUACAUUUCCCCACCUGAUAUUUUUGCUCACGCGUCAGCUCAGUAUCGAGGUCGGGUGUUGUUUUUUUAACCUUCCGUUCGAUGCAGCAGGUUCGUAGCUGAACUUGCACUUUUAAUUUUUCCUUUCUUUUUGCCAAAUGUGUAACACAUUCACCUGUUUAUUUUAACUUUUCAUUUCUAGAUAGAGUUUAUAAUUGAUUACUGUUGAUUAACUUAAUAGUUUAUCACUAAGGUUCACAAGACUCAUGUAUAAUGACUUAUGCAAUAUUAUUUCAGUUACCUCAAAGAUGCAAAUUAUUGUUAACUUAAUGAGAAUUUAUCUACUGUUAAUGUA